GAGUACUCUGCUGGAAAGACUCGAGGUACAGGUACCCGUGGUUUCUGAAGAGCCGUUGAUCCUCUGUAUCUGUUUUCGGAUACUGUUGUAAGCACUGGAGAAAAUGCUGUUCUGGCACAACCAACCCGAGCCCUAUCACCAGCACUCAACAUCCAGCUAUCUCCGUGAUGUCCUGUCGUUACCGAUCUUUAAACACGAGGACCAUCAGCACGCCAGUGAAAACGCCUCCAAAAUGAUACCUUUCCAAUACAUCCUUUCUGCGGCCACGUCCCCGGCUGUAAAGUUACAGGAUGAGACGCUCACUUAUCUCAACCAAGGUCAAUCCUAUGAAAUCCGUAUGCUAAACAGAAAACUAGUGGAGUAUACAGAUAUAAGCAGCAAAUUUGUAAAGAGCAUCGUCCGAGUGGUGUUUCACGACCGGCGCCUGCAGUACACCGAGCACCAGCAGCUGGAGGGCUGGAGGUGGAACAGGCCGGGCGACAGGAUCCUGGACAUCGAUAUCCCACUGUCUGUUGGGAUUAUGGAACCCAGAGCCAAUCCACUUCAGCUGAACACCAUUGAAUUCAUAUGGGAUCCUGCUAAGAGUGCCUCUGUAUAUAUCCAGGUGCACUGCAUCAGCACGGAGUUCACUCCGCGGAAACAUGGGGGAGAGAAAGGGGUGCCUUUCCGUAUCCAGAUCGAUACUUUCAAACAGAACGAGAACGGAGAAUACACUGAGCACAUCCACUCUGCCAGCUGUCAGGUCAAAGUCUUCAAGCCCAAAGGAGCUGACCGCAAGCAGAAGACGGAUAGAGAAAAAAUUGAAAAAAGGACUCCUCAGGACAGAGAAAAAUAUCAGCCUUCUUACGAAACAACUGUUCUUACAGAGUGCUCACCAUGGCCUGACAUGCCUUGUGUCAACAGCACUAACAGCACCCCCUCUCCGGUCUUCAGUAGUUCUCCAACCACCUUUGGUCUCGGAGAUGGAAACUGCUCUCCAAACCAACAGGGGGACCCGCUUCUUCCCAGCUGCUCUGAUCACCUUCUCCAAUCUUCCUCCAUCCAAGACACACAGCAAUGGCUGCAUCGCCAAAGGUUCUCCCCUUUCUGCAGGCUCUUCUCUAACUUCUCAGGUGCCGAUUUACUAAAGAUGUCAAAGGAAGACUUUGUCCAGAUCUGUGGGCCGGCUGAUGGGAUUCGCCUCUUCAAUGCAAUCAAAGGAAGGUGUAUUCAGCCCCGCCUCACUGUGUAUGUGUGCCAGGAACAGACCAGGAAUCACCAGCAGUCCAAACCUGAGAGCAGUGACGUAUACCAUGCAAUCUACCUGGAAGAGUUAACAGCAGGAGAACUGGCUGAAAAGAUUGCCAGCUUGUACAAUAUUUUAACACACCAAAUUGGACGGGUUUACAGGCAAGGACCUGCAGGUAUUCAUGUCCUGGUGUCUGAUGAGAUGGUGCAGAACUUAACUGAAGAAUCCUGCUUCAUAAUCGGCACAAUAAAAGAUGAAAACAAUGAUGGGUACCAUAUUAUCCUGAAGUGAAUACGAACGCAUCUCUUUGGACCUUCAAGCUUCCUUUAGUCCAGCAUACAGUAUCUUAACAGAGACCAAUUAAAACGUAGCAUCUGUGUGCCGAAGAACAGUGAAAGGAAUAAACCACAGAUGGUUAAUUUAUAAUAUUUCUUUUGUUCUGUCUACAGUAUAUGCUAUUACCUUUUUAUCCUGCCGCCAACCACUAAAAAACAAAACAUGCCAAUAUCAGUUUGAAGUCCUCAGCCAUUUUAGUUUACACUUUACAUACACAAAAUUGUUGGGAGUAACAGUUUUAAAUGUUCGUUUUAUAUUUUUGUAUUGUUAUUAGUAAUACCAGUAGCGAGCCAUACUGGCUUAUUAAACAGCAAAUGAGAUGAUGUGGUGAUCGUGCUGAAAGGACAAGCAACGAAUGAAACCGUUGAUAGUUUUUAUUAACCUAGGGGAUGUGGAACAGAGCUUGUCAGUGAGCAGGAGAUUGAGAUAGAGAUAGUGCAUUACUCAUACCACUCAUUAAAAAAAGAAACUUGAUUUGCAGCAGUGCCAUUGGCCCAGGUUUGGGGAAUUUCUCUGCAUGCCAGUUGGUUUUGGCGGUGUAUUGCUUCAUUAACCCUUACUAUAAAACAUGCGGCAUGUACUGUUUUGCUAAAGAGAGAUCUUGGAACCCUGUACAUCAUGUGGCAGUUCGCAGAAUCUUUUAAGGAAGUUAUAAGAAAAAAUGAACCUGUGCUUAGAAGAGCUGUUUGCCCUGGGGCAGGUAUUGUACACCCCUUUUUUCUUUUCUUAGAACUAGCAUGAGCUGCCCCACAUCAAAAAAAGAGAGUGAUAAAAUAUAUUUUUUAUCUAAAUUAAAUCUAAUUUUAGUUGGAUGAAUACAUUAAGAAACCUGGUGGUGCUGAAGUGAAUGUGUUUUUACACUGGAUCUUCGAGGUGCAGGGUUAUGUCAAGUUUUUUUUGUUGUAUUGACAAACUUUAAAGGUUAUGAAACAUAUUAAAAAAAGAAGUAACCUAAAUAUCUUUUUUUUAUUAUUUAUUUGACUCGAGUCUGUGUACUUGGGAGUGUUGUAAUGGACAAUUUUUGUUUCAUAUCAGAGUUACACCAUGAUGGUAUGGGAAAUGAGAAAAUGUUGAUGCCAAAUACUAACUUUAUACAGCAUAUGAACAAAGCCGAAAGAGCGAGGUGUGGGCAAGGGAGUGUGACAGUGAGGCUGGAGCUCAGGACGUUGUAUGCUAUUUUCUGAGUCUGACAAUCACCAUAUAAUGUUUGAAGAAUCUUUGUGUUUUUCAUUUUCUCUCUGCCAGUGAUGCAUCGGUAUUUCUCUUCUGUCCCCUUGUGUGUUUCACAAGUGCCACAAUACUACGACAGUACCCUUCUAACACCUUGAUGCAUUUUCUUUUUCUCUGAAACCGAUUAAUCAGUUACAGUUACAGUAGGUCUGUCUAAGUCUCUUGAAGAAACGUCAUACUGCUCUGGAAACAUUCGGGGUAUUCUUAAGCUUUUCAUUCUGUGUAAACCAAAAAGGAAAUGUUUUGUAUGUUUUUAUAUGAAAAAAUAUUUUAUGGAUUACCAUUUUGAUAGCUUUGUGUCAUGAUUUUUUUAUAUGCUGAAUUUUAAAUCAGUUUGGUGCUACUCAUAUUGUUUUUAAUUCCCAAGGGAAAGGUCUUGACUUCUCACAUGCAGCUUUGUAUAUUUCUUAGUUAACUGUUACCUCUGUUAACAGUCUGACUUUUUGUAUUAAACACCUUUCUUUGUGUGUA